UUGUCACCCAAUAUAAUCUGAACAAUCCUUAACACAGCCCGCAGUUCAAGACGAAGGCGCUUCACUGAUCCUAUUUUUAAUUGUUUUUAUCACUUUUUCUCAAUUAUUUGCUUAUGUGGUAGGUGUGUCUGAAAUUCGAUCUAUACCAAAUUUCAUAUUUUGUUAUUUUGAGAUAAUAUAAAGCAACAUACUAAAUUUUUUUCCAAUCGAAGCUCUUAUAAUUUUUCCGGCCCCCAGCGUAGCGGACGUGGCAGUUAUCCAAUUUGUACUAUAUUUCUUCUUUCCAUAAUAAAUUAAGUGUUUGCCAUGACCAAAGAACGUAAAUCUAUAUCGUAGAUUUACGUUCUUUGCAAUGACAUCGAAAUCGGAGCACGUUUUCUGGCCGCAAGUUAUAUUGCAUCGCGACACUGUAGGCGGUCGCCUGAUAAUUAGAAAAGUAAAGAAACAAUGCUACCCAUUUCUAUAGUGUGAAAAAAGCAACCCUGACCAGAAAAAAAAGAAGAUGAAAAACAUUUCGGCCCGAAAAAUAUAGGAAUAAUUGCAAAGAAAGGAAAAUUAACAUAUUUCAAUGAUACAAAACAAUACACACCACAAAUGGACGAGGUCGAUAUAGAUGGAGAAGAUUUCAAUGAGCUUGAAGCGAGGCUUUACGGCCAAAUACACCAUGAGGCCGUAAAUUCGGCAACGGUAGAAGUUGUAAACAAUGCGGUCGAGACCCCAGCGCCAGAAAAUGAAAGCGUGGAACGUAUUGUCACUGCAAAAAGCGUUGUGAAUAGACCUGCGAAAUCAAGUCGUGUUCCCGAUACACGCUACUGGGUAAAUAGCACUGCUAAACCAGCUCAUAUGCCCAAACCAAAUGAAAGCAAUACCACUAUUUCUAAAGCAAGUAUUGCUGCUAAUCAAAAUAAAAGUAUAAAUGAAGAAGAAAAGUUAUCCACAAAUACUACCCUAGAGACAAAAAAAAUUAGUGACCAGAGUAAAAAAAAUGAGACAGACAAUGUCCGAAAAGUUCAAAGUCAGUCACCUAAUAAUGACAUUAUUAAACAAAUAGAACCGCAGGAACAACAAAACCCUAAAAAAGAUAAAUCACCAAAUGAAAACUUCCGCAUAAACCCGGCUGCAGUAGCUAAAAACACAAAGUUAAAUUUAAAAAAUAAAAAACAAAAAAAAGCAAUAGAACAUGUCCCACGAAGUGGCCCUUUCAUGCAGCAAGAAAACAAAUUGCAAAAAGCGCUAGUAAUCCAAGAAAAAAAGAAAAAAUCUAAAAAAGUACGUAGCAAAAAUCGUAAAAAACAAAAGCAAGUUGAAACUAUUGUGUUGGAAUCUUCGUCAGAAAGUUCGAGUGGAACGGAUGAGUCUGACGAUGAUGUAGUUAUAAUACCGGCAAAGCCUCCACCUACAAUCACCCUAUCUGACAGUGAUACCGAUGCUAUUGUUGGUGAAUCAAACGCCCUACAACUUGAAGAAGAGAAUGCCAUAGAUGCUUCUGAUGUAUUUAUUGAUAAAAAAACGAAAUCAAGCGAUUUCACCACACCAACUGAAGUCCGCAGCAAUGUGGCGCAGGAAGCAUCCGAAAAGCAGGCGGAGCAAAUCUCAAGUAGAUGCACAUCACCAUGUUCUGUACUAUCAUCCGACGAUUUCAUUGGCCAGACCGACCGAAGCCGUUUGCUUGAAGACAAUUGCAUGGCAGAUGAUCAAGAUUUAGCUCUGCUUACUGCUGAUGUUGACAGUCUAAUGCAACCACCACAGGGACAACCUAGCAGUACGAAACAAACCAACAAUCCAGCAAAUAAUUCCCCAUCAGAUGAUGUUAUGUGCACUGGUCAGUUCACCGUUUCCUUCUUGAAUUCAGCAAAUAAAAACACCGAAGCAUUAGAAAAACAGAAGAAACAGCAGAAUAAUUAUCGGGUAGAGCAGGCAGAAUUUAGAGCGGUGGACGUUUAUGAAAGUGAAUCUGAUAUAACUGACAGUGUGUACUCCAAGGGCACUGUUCGGAACAGAACGAUCAUAAAUGCAGUUGACACUAGUUCUGAAGCUGAGGAUCUACAGCAAGCUCCAUUGAAUCAAAAGGUAAAACGUUUCUGCAAGCGGCGAACAUCAAGUAGCCAUCGCGGCUCUGACGCACUUAACGACGAUGCAAGCACGGAUGAUGAACUGGAGGGAGGCGUAUCCAAAACGCCAAUACCAUACAUUUUGUGCGGAACAGCUGUUGAACGUUGCAAUAAAAAAUUGCGUAAGCGUACGCAAUCGUUAAGCUCCCGGCGAGCUUCAGCUGGUGGCACUGCCAACGCCGCUGGAAAUAUGUCCGACACUGAAUUCAUAGCCACACUGAAUAGCUUAGUGCAAGGGCGUGAGGAAGAUAUAAAUAAAGGGACAUAUGACAAAAGUGAAGACGAUGAAAACUCUGAGGAUCAAUUACGAAUUGAUAGUAAUAAAGGUAAAAGCAUCACUCAGGUUUUCGAGAAAUCUGUACCAGUAUCUGCUGGUACCCAGAAAGAUGAGCCUGACCGAUUAAGUGUACGAUCAGUGCAUAUAGUAGAACCUCCUCCGCCAUCAGCGAAUUUUUCUGAUGCAGUGCCUGACGAUGCUUUAGCUGGAUUAGAUAAGAUUUUCGAUUCAAUUGAUAACAUGGUUGAACCCAAUUCUAAUUUCAAAAAGAAACCAAGUGAGUCAGAAAAUAGCUCAGAAAAUGAAAUCGAAGUAAUUCAGCCACCUGUGCGAGCACUAACUACAGCUGAGCAAAUAAAAAACAAAAACGCUCUACCUAUCGGACACAUCGUUUACCAUGAGCAUACUUUUCAACAGGGAGGUGUGGGUUGGAAUGAGGAAAUGGCCAAAUUCUAUAAUUUGUCCUGGCAUGGAGAACGUUUUUCAGUGGUUGGAGUGCAAAAUGGAAUGGAUAAGGAUCGCAGCCUAUGGAAGAUUUACACAGAAGAUCGUUUUCCCAAAACGCGCCCCUACAGCAAUCAGAAAUGCUACAACUGCUGUGAAUUCGGACACACACGCGCUAAAUGUAGACGACCAAAAAAGCCCCCUGUUUGUUAUAUGUGCGGCGAAAGUGGACAUUUCGAGCCUCGUUGUCCAAACACAAUUUGCCUAAGGUGCGGUAAUAAAACACAAAUGUUUACAAAAAGCUGCAAUGCUUGCACAUUCCAAAAUCGGCUUAUUUGUCCCAUAUGCAAGGUCCGUGGACACUCCAUUAACCUAUGCCCAGAUAAAUGGCGACGUUACCACUCCACGACCCAACCAAAUGCACAUCCUCAUAUGGAGGUAGAGUUCAAUAAACGUAAAAUGUGCUGUGUCUGUGGUGCAAAUGGACAUUUUUCGGACACAUGCCGCAGUGCUUCACGCUUUAUGGAGUAUCCAGUUAUUAUAAGCUACGUAAAAUCACAUCAGAAGUCGUAUAACGAUUUAUUGUUCACAUCGCCACGUCUUGGAAUAGCUCUCAAUCUUCUGUAUAGACCUUUAGAUACGGUUGUAUUUCAUAUGGCCGAAAAAACGUCACCAAAUGAUUACUAUGGACGCUUUUUGAAAGCAGUGGGCCUCGGCAAUUUGCUUCCACGCAAACGGCCAAGCAAUUGUUUGGCAGCCCCUGAAAACCCUUCAAAGCAAGCUAGAAGCCUCUCAGGACGCUACGUGCCAAAUCCAUAUGGCAGAUCAGCCAGAGGAAGUGUUCAAACCAUAAGUGAUGUAGAUGAUCGUAAUGAAUUAACAGAGAAAGCGGCACCAAAUCAGGUGCAGGAAGUGAGUGGUAGCGUGAUCUCAGCCGAGGCUGUCACAUCAGGAGCACUGGAAGAUAUUUCUUCUGAUGAAGGGAUGACACAUACCAACGAAGUAAGCGAAUCUAUGGGAAAUGAUGCAAACGAAGUGGAAGUUAAUAAAGAAGUCAUAAGGGAAAACGAAUUCAAAGCACCUGGAGAGGCAUCGGCUAUUAUAACAACGCACCAAUCAGCUCAGCACAAGGAAAACCUUACAGCAGAUUCCGAUUCGAAUUACAGUUUUUCAGAUCAUUUUGAAGUACCACCAGCUGCUGUUAGGGGCGAAAAUGAAACAAUUACGGGCGAUGCUGAAUUGGAUGUACAGCCAUCCACAUCUGCGGCUACCAGGAGCAUGUUAUCAGCAAAGCGAGUACGAGAAAUGGAUCCUUUGCCAGAUUUCAUACCAAUUACCUGUGGCAGUGAUGUCAACACAACCGAAAUAGAUGAUAACUUUGACACACAGACAGGUAUUUCUCGACGAUUUGUUGCUGCAAAUACCGAUGAUGAACAGGAAGACGAUGCAGCACAAGCGAAUGAUACGCCAUGUGAAGCAAAAAUAUAUCUUACCAAUUUCCACAGCAACUACUUGUUGUCACCAGAUGGUCACGAAUUUUUGAAACAGAAAUCCGAAGUGUGUAAUAUUAAAGCAAGGCUCGACUGGACAUCUGUUGGUCAUGUGUUGGUCAUAUUCGGACUUCCCAGUGACCAGGAUAUAUUUCACAAAGCAUUGUUAGAUAAAUGUAAAGAUUUGAUGGAUCGAAUGAGUAACAAACAAUUGAGCGCCAUGAAAGUGCCCAAGCGCAUUGAUGCGUUGAUUCGCUUUUUGCGCGAAAACAUUUCUCAACUGCAGAGUGAUUUAGGUGACGUGAAUGAUUUACAAAGGCGCAUCAACAAUUUGGAGAAGUCACACACUAAGGCGAAUAUGAAAUUGGCGGAGAAAUUCCGGCGUCUGCUUAAUAUGAUAUUACUGGGUCAGGCCGGCCUGUGUGAUGGCGACAAGCAUUUGGAUAAGCUUUUUAUGAAUUUAAAAUCUCUUAUUAAUGAUUAUCAAGCUGAAAAUAUGGUACCGCAAUCACUACGCGAAGAGAUUGAUUCACACUCCAGACUGAUCUUUACCUCGUAUCGGCAUGAAAAUUAUCCUGAUCUAAUUCAAAGUUAUAACAGAAUGUCGAAAAGUCAAAAGAACAGCGUAAAUAUUGAUCCAUUGCUGUUGGGACAAAAAAUGUUAGAUAUAAGCCUAACCCCCGAGCAGCGCUCACGACUUGAACAACCUUUAGCGACAAGCGCUUCAGUGUCACCGAUCAAUCAAGCAUCCUCGGCUAAGAAGGCUACUGACAGUAAUGAAACUAGUUCACUUAAUGGUAACAAAUCGAAAGUGGUCAACAAGCCAAACGAGUUGAUGCAACCAACACAGUCGCAAGUAAAAAUAUGCAACGAGCCGACAUCCUCAAAAGGCAAAAAUAAGACACCCACCACUACACCGGCUCACAGUCCAGCAGAAACCGCUAGCUCCAAGCAUAAAUCUAAUCCAUUUACGCCGAUCAAGCGACCAACUGUUGCUCCGCCACCAUUUAUCAACCCACAACAAAAGUCAACAGCCUAUACAAAAAUGAAAGAUGCUGUUGAGAAUAGGCAUGAUGCAGUAAAAAAUAUACUCAGUAAUGAUUCAACCAGUUCAGCCAUAGGUGCACAAACGCUCGGCAAUAAACGAGCGCCCUCAAAGGGUCCAUCGAUGUUUUGGUCGCGCGAAUCAAUGCGCUAUUUAGAUGAAUGCAUACAGAUGGCCGAAUCGAAUACAGAGUUAUUGUCUAAACUGCAACGCAUACAGUUGAAAUCGACAGAAGGGGCGCUAUCAUAUAAUGAUUAUCGUGCGGUUAUUAAACUGCAUGGCGCCAUGGUGGGACACUAAGAUUUAAAAAAUGGACAAAGUUUGACGUAUAUUGAAUUGACGACGAAACGAUGACAUGACGACGACGAUGUGAUGAAUUGUUUCGCAGAAGUGUCGAAGCGAACAGAGGUGUGCAUUAUUCUUCUGGAAGAAGUUCAUCACUAACAUUUUAUUUUUUAGUUGUACAAAAAUGGUUUUGUACGGGAGCUAUAAAGGUUUAUGAUUUAGUAACAUUUUUCUUUUAAAACAAGGAUGAGUUUCCAGAAAUUAAAAUAAUAAAAAAUGAAAAAGAAAACAAA